AUGGACGACCUGGUGGUGUCAGCCCUGGUGGUGAUAACCUGCGGCUGCCAGGUAUCGAGCCGCAGUCAGCUGCUUCCUACCCUACCCAGAAAUGGGGUUUCGUACCAAGGUGCGAGCCGUGGAGUGUGGUGUCGAUUCUCACCUGGACGGAGAUCAUCAUCGCCAGCAAAACCAUGGCCAACGUCGUUCUCCACCCGGUGUCGUCGCUCAUGGCAACACCGUCAUCAUGUGCGGGGUGUAAUAUUCGUUUUGCUUGUCUUGCGCGUGCAGUUGACCUUUCCCUGCCCCCGAGAUUGCUUCUGUGAACCCCACAGCAAGAACGUGCACUGCACCAACAAAGGCUUGACCAGCAUUCCGGAGGGCAUCCCCGGCGACACCAUCGAGCUGGUGCUGAACCUGAACACGUUUCACAACCCCGACCUCACUCGCCGCAACUUCACGGGCCUGAUGAAGCUGCAGAAGCUGUACAUGAGCAAGUGUGGCAUCGAGACCAUCGCCCUCGACACCUUCACCGACCUCGCCGACCUCAUGUGGCUGGACAUCAGCUCCAACAAGAUCUCCUUCAUCGCGGAUUACACUUUCCGCGGCCUGAACCUCAAACACUUGUUUUUGAACGACAACAAGAACAUUCAGCUGUCCUCGCGAGCGUUUGCCGAGAUGACCACCCAGGGACUGUACAUGCACGAGUGCAGCAUGUCCAGGCUGUCAGUGGAGGUACUGGCACCGCUCAACGGCUCGCUCCGCACCCUGUGGCUGGAUUCGAACCAGUUCGACACCUUUUCCGAACAGUGGCAGCAAGUGUUCAGCCAGCUCGGACACCUGCGGCUGGGCAAGAACCCGUUUCACUGCAACUGCGAGCUCGGGUGGCUGCACAAAUUCUUCACCAAACAUACGUCUGUCUUCUCUGGAGCGGACAGACCCUCCUGCGCGUCCCCCGCCCUGGUGCGCAACAAGCACUUUAGCAACUUGACGGCCGAAGACUUCCGGUGCGAGCUGCCUGCCUUCCGCAAUGUCGACGCGCAUUUCGACACCGAGGUGGGCAAGCUGACCUGCCAGGCCCGGGGUGACCCUACCCCAACCCUGUACUGGAUUCGGCCGGACGGCACGACGGAGACCUACUACCCGCCCCAUGGCGAGGAGAGCGAGGAGAACGAGGGCGUGAUGUACAUGACAAACGUCAGACUGACGGACAGCGCGCGCUACAAGUGUGUGGCCAGCAACCCCGCGGUAACGCACCUUCUCCUCAACGUCGUGUGGCCCUCGGCCCCGCAGCCGACCACCACCCCCACAGACAACAAGUUCGUCAUCGUCGCCGACCCGCCCACCUCUCCACCCUCGGGCAGGCAGUACCGAGACGAGGAGGACCCUGGCUCGUCGGCUCACGACUGGGGUGUCAACAAGCCAGAGAUGAAGCUAGGGGGCACUAACGGCCAGGACGACGACACGCCUAAAGCCAAGAGCGAUGACCUCCGGUUCACCAUCGUCGACAUCGUCGGUGCCGUGGUCGGCACGUUCCUGCUGACGGUACUCAUCAGCGUGCUGGUGGCCCAGCUGUACUGGAGACGGCGCGAGCGUCUGAGGCAGGAGACCACUACUCCGUACCCGAUGCCAAGCCACCCCUGGCACCCGCCCGUCUGUACAUUAUGGGCGAGGAUGGCGAGAACAGGGUGCGCAUGCUCAAUAAUCAUGGACACCCGGAAUGUCCGACCUGAGGUCGUGUACCUCUCAUCCACGCGGCGCCUUGAUCCUCUUCACUUUCUUCAUCUGCUUCUUUCGUACAUUGUUUCUCCUGACGAUAAACUGACAUCAGUCGUGGCAUCGCUGCUGGCCCUGGACAGGAAGUGCGAGGCUGCAGGUGAGAUGAAAACUGAUUGAGGACGACAAACGAGGAGAAACAAUAGUUGCCGGCAAUCAGCAGGUUCCAGUGCAGGGAAAGCAAGUAGUCUGUGCCUGAUUCUUUCUUCUUCGACUUCUUCAAGUGUUUUGUGUCUUAUUACGGCGAACAGAUAGUAUACAGGAUCUACCUAGCCUUCUGCAUGAGCCAGGGUUAAAGGUCAUGGAAGGAGAAGACCCUCGUUUGGUUUUGUGCUCGUCUGUAGCUCAGCUUUACGUCACGUGAUUGUAUAAGUACCUUACAUACGCCCAACUGUUCCCUACCACUACAUUAUGCUCACUCCUUGCCCACGCCUCUCAGUGUACAUCUGUCAGUAAGUGUGUCCACAGGCGCACAGACCUGUGGGAUGGAAAUCUGUUUUGGGAUUACAUCAGCUUUGCACGUGCAGGUCGUUCUGUUGGUCACGUGGACAUCUGGAGAUCUUAUCUACACUUCAAUAUCAUGCUUGAAUGGAUAACAGUUUCAUGUGUCUUCAGUGGAGAUGUUUAUUUUUGUUGCUAUGGAUUUAAGAGAAACAUUCGUUUUUGUAUAUAAUAUGUGUGUGUGUUCUUCGUUUUUCACGUGUCAACAGUUGCUGUCCUUCGAUCGUUAGAGAAACCGUAGCAAGGUCAGCGACACUUACAAGUAUCUGUGUGUAAGUGACUGGAACUGACCUUGUGUGGUGGGGACCAACUGCGAUCGGAUGCAAAGGUCCCUAGAAAAGCCACAUCAUCGUGAGAGAUUGUUUGUGUGGGUGAGUGGAUUGUUGUCCUCUUGUCUUCUUGUACUUACUAAAUGUUUCGGCUGUUCUGAUUGGGUCAAUUGUAAACAAACUGCGCGGUAGUUCGUCUCCUCUGAAUCCACUAUC